AUGAAUGAACGCCUAGCUGUUUACGAGAAGCAGUUGCAAUUACGUCCACCAAUGCCUUCACUGCCAUGUACUUUCACCAACUCCUUGCUUUUCGUAUUCUCUACCAUUACUACCAUCGGCUACGGAUACAUCUAUCCCGUCACUAAAGCUGGACGUAUUCUUUCAAUCAUCAUCAGCCUUAUUGGUAUACCAUUCACUAUAAUUGUCAUCAAGGACUUAGCUUAUAUUAUUGCAAAAUUAAUGACUUUUCCAUGUGAUUUACUAGCGAUAUAUCAAUUACAGAAGAAAUGCUGGGCCGCAUUUCGUUUCUGUACCCUACGGCCAGUUCAGGAAGAUGAGCUCGACAAAAAACUUCAUGGUGAGCACGCGGAACGGAAAGACUACCGAUUGCACAACGUUGAGCGCCUACUAGCCAUACCUGUUAGUCUUUGUUAUCACACAGAAAAUUUUAUUAAAAUAUGGUGA